GGAGCGCUGUCCCAAGACGACCCGUAGGGUAUAUGGGGUUCAGGCUACUCCUGAUGAAUGAACAUUGCAAAUGACCAGCAAUCUAUCUCCCAGCAUCAGAACACAGCGCGUCGCCAAGCUUGACAUCGCAGCGGUUUCAGGGACUUGACAUUGAUGCUGCGAGAUCAGCUCGCAGGCGUGCGAGCUUCCUUUCAUGAGAGUGAGAUGAUGAAGACGAAGAUGACGACGAUGCGUCAGCAGCAGCCCUUUCCACGGCCGCAUUCGCCGGAGCUGCCAAGGAAGCCACGGCGUCGGAGACGGCGCAACUUCAACGUGGACAGCGGCGAUGAAGGCGAUUGCGGCGUCGUGGAAAGGAGCUGCCCAUUUCGCUGCAGCAGAGCAGGCAGUCGGCCGGUGCACGUGGGAUUCCCGCGUGCACCUGUCGGCUUCUGCUUCUGCAAUUGCUUCAGCGGCGCGAGUCGACGCCGAGCGGAUAAGGACCGUUCCGCACACCCCGGGCCCCCCCCUCACCCCCCUCCCCCGCUACAGCCACACCCGGCGUUCCCCCCACCCCCACCACAUCCAUAUUUCUUCCCGCCCUUCCCGCCCCUCUUCACGCCAGAGGGCAUGUAUCUGCCGCCGCAUCACCUGAUGAUGCAACCGCCGCCGGUGCCAAUGGCAGCAGCCAACUCAAUGGGCGCGGGUGCGCAUCCGAUGCCCAUGUCAGCCGAGGAGGUGAUGCGGGCGCACGAGGGCCACGUGAACAUGGGGAGGGAGGUCGGGCCGUCCAAGGUGUCGGGUGGUGUGAGGCCACGGCUGCCCACGAUCGUCUCACCGAGGAGCCGCGAGAAGAGGACACCGUCUGCAUCGGCCACGGAUGGCACACAGAUCGCCUACGGCAAGACCAAUCAGCAUGGUAAGCAAUGGGAAGCGAUCGAAAAGCAGUCAACUCAACUCAUCUCUCAUGUGUCAUGGUUUGCCCUCAGGUUCGUUCUCUGCAGCAGCAGCUGCUGCGUCUAGCAGUGAUCCAGCCCCACCCCUCCCCGUCCCCCUCCCCCGUCCACAUCCCUCCCACCUUUAUCCCAUCCCCACCAGUGGCAACGCGGCCGACCCAAUGGCCAUCCCGGCCCUCCCCCACGUACUGCAGCCACAGCAGCCCGCCAUGUCAACCUCCCAAGACACCACCAACACCACAGCGGCCAUGGGCAUGGCCCUGCUGCACCACCGAUGGGCACAGCAGAACAACGCCUUCCUGCGUGACAAGUUCGGUCACCCGGAAGAGAUCCUCCGCUUCUCCGCCGACCAGAACGCCUUUGUUCUGGCCCUUGGCGGCCUCCCGGCGGCCGACGGCCAGCUGUUCUUCACCGCGGCUCCGGGGGGUGACAGCGCCGCGACAGAGGCCGGCCUGACUGCCGCUCUCAACGAGGCCCUCAUGUAUGCCGAGGAGCACCUGCGUCAGGCGCAGGACGACAGGCACGGCAGGCAGCCAGCCGAGGAGACCCAGCAGCAGCAGCAGGAGGAGCAGAUUGCUGAUAGCACGACAGACGUGCCACAGCGCACGAGCGACGACUCAACAGGUACACGUGUGCAUACCCACACACGUGGAGGACUCCUUUCCCGAGCCAUAUGCACGUACUCUUUCCUUCUCUCUUCAGACAUGUCGCCAUCUCCCGACUGGCCCCCACGUGCACCGCACCAGGCUGACCUGCUCCCGGCCACUGCCCCAGCGCCGCCCACUCACACCCAGCCGGCCGUCAUCAUGCCCCCCCUCGAUGCGUCUAGAUACCUGGACCCAGGUGACGUCAUCAAUGUCGACCACUGGACGAGAUUCGAGUGCCGCAGGCUGCUAUGCAGCGGUCGGGGGGAGUAUUCGAUAUGGGUGGGGCUGCUCAAGAAGGCAGAGGCCGACGCACACGAGGCUGUGUGCAAGUACAUUACGGAGGACCAACGGAGGGAGGGGGCGAAGCGGGCAAGGGAGCUCAGCGCCACACUCAGGCAGGAGGCGGCCAGGCUGCGCGAGGUCAACACCGCCAUCGAGACCACAGCGGGGGGCGCGCCGCGGCAGUGCCAGCUGGCCACCCUGGCGUCGCCCACCCCGACGGGCACUACCAGUAUUUCGCCUCAGCUGCUGGCGGUGGUGGAGGAUCUUGAAGCACUCCGGCCAGUCGUGAGCCGAGAAGGCGAGACGCUCUCGGGGACGGGAACAUGUAUCAUCAUGUCUCAGGCCGGCGAAGGUGAGCACAACACGAUCAACCGAUACACACACGGGCGUCGCGAUUGCGCAUCAGCCGACGUCGCUCUCUUUUUGUGUCAUGCAGGUGUAUCUCUGGGCGAAUUUUGCGAGAGCGUGAGCCUUGUCCCGCCCCUCCUCAAGAUGACAAUAGCGGUCAACCUCGUCCAGUCUGUCCUUGUUCUGCACGAGGCCCAAAUCUGCCACAAUGACUUCCAUCCCGACAAUGUGGUGCUCCUAGACAAGACGACGGGCGAGGUUGCGAUCAUCGAUUACGAGAGCAGCCGCAACAUAGGAGCUGGCGACUCGCGGCCUCUCACCACACGCCCCGCUGCCCCAUGCACGACCCUCCACAAUCUCCUGGCCAUCCUGCAGCGGCGGGCACUGAAGAACGAGACCAUCGGCUAUGAGUCGGACAUGGUAUCGGUCAUGUGCUCGCUGCUGCUGCUGGUGGUCGAUGGCCACCAGUUUGGCCACACAGCUCUACCGGAGGGCGCGCGAGGCGAUGCGUGAGGUGGUGGCCAUGUGUGAGCAGGCCGCGGGGGAGGGGCGCCAUCUGCCGGUGGACUUGCUGGCCGACGAGUAUGUGGGGGCUGUAGAGAAGACCUACCAGGACGCCAUCAGCACCAUCGACCGUGACGACAAACUGAUGGACACCAUUCGGCCGCUGUCCAUGAUGACAGUCGAGCUGUAUAAAAAG